AUGUCCGCCCCCGCCGUCGCAUGGCCCCCGCCGUCGCAUGACCCCCGCCGUCGGUUCCAGCUCACGAAUCGUGAGCAGGCCCUCCGGCUCCAUCUGGACUCCUACCGCCCAGCCCAAACGCAGCUCGCGCGCGGCGGCUUCGGCACGAUGCCCAUGCCAAUUCAGCGCCGCACCGCGCCUGACUCGGAGUGGGCGCCGCUGUACGCGAGCUUUGGCGAGAUACCGUACACGACGCUGCACCGCCGCAGGAAUUGGUGCGCGUACUGCGAACAGAAAGCCAUGCGCACGCUGCCGCGGUGGGUCGCGCAUGCGAGAGAAUUGGGGUAUGAGGGCGGGAAGAUGGUCUUUGUGAAUUACUAUCCAGACGCGCUGAUCGAAUGGGACGACGGGGAGAGGCGAUGGCGGUAUAUGGUGUCGCACCACCAUCGCUCGUUGGAUUUCUUUUGA